UGGCCCGCGGGACUAAAGGUGAACUCAUAUCCGAGCUUUGUGUUUGCAGUGGUAGGAGUUCUAUGGGGUUCCAUUUGUGUCACAAAUAAGCAGUAGGUGCGGCAGCGGUGCCGCGCGCGGAGAAGCAGCGCGUAAUGUUGGAGCGCCCAGGAGAAAGAUGCUGGAUCAUGACGCGGCGGCCGACAUGCGACUGGUCCAGCAGAUAAGCGCAGGGAUGAAGAUCCAGGACGUCGGCUGCAGAGAGGUUGGAGACGGGCAGGACAGCCAGGUCGUGUGUUUGCAAUGCCAGGAUGAGGUGGUGCGGGUCUGUCCGCGCAGUCCGCGCCGCGGCUUCGCGACGCGCCUCUCCUCUGGAUCCGCAGACCGUGAACCCAGCAGCAGCAGCUAUAAUGUCUCUUCUGGAACUUUUUACAGCUGCGUGAGUCAGAUCACCAUCGGGUUUGAUCUCGGGGGUCAGGUGGAAAUCGGUUUCUCCCACUGGAAGAGUCCAGUCGAAUCGAGCAGCCAGAACCUCCCCAGUCCCGACGGUGUUCACUCCGAGGCUUCAGCAGCCCUGCCAAUUGUGGACCAUCCAGAGCCGGUCUCCUGCCCUGCCUCUCUGUCCAUCAAUCCGCUGCCAACCUGCAGUGCCAGUCAGGAGACUCUUUGUGACAGCAGCACAAAUGUGAGUUUGUCCCUACAUGGAUCUGAGCCCAAGCAGCAGAGCCCCCACCAACACAGAGAGCUGCUGCAGCCCUCUGCCUCUGGUUACCAGCCAGCAGACAGACCUCUCGUUUUUCUGUACUGUGAGAGGGAGGACGUCAUGAAGGAGACCUCGGCUGAAACCUCGGAUUCCAGCAUUCAAGGCAAUGUCCCUCAACUGGCUGUGAAGGGCAUUAAUGUGGUGCUACAGAAAGAAACAUCAGAUGGCAUCAGCAGCCCAUCCAGAGAUGAUGACGCUACCCUUCAGAACCCUGGAACUCACAGCAGCAUCCUUGAUGAAAACAGCAAAUCACAAUUAGACAUCCCAGAGAGGAGUGCGAAAUCCACUGGUCUUUGCUUCAGCGAUGGAAAAAGUCUCAUAGACUACAUCCUGGUUUACAGGAAGUCCAGCUCCCAGUCUGAGAAGAGGGAGAUAUUUGAGCGGAACAUCCGUGCUGAAGGGUUGCGCUUGGAAAAAGAGGCUUGUUUAACAAACAGCGAUGUGAUUUUCCUGAAACUGCAUGCACCGUGGGAUGUUCUCUGUCGCUAUGCAGAGCUCAUGAAUAUCCGAAUGCCUUUCAGGAGGAAGAUCUUUUGCAUGCACAGAAGACACAAGUUUUUGAGCAGAAUGGAGAAGCGCAUCAACAAGUUUCGCGGAUGGCUUCCCCGCAAGCCUAUGAAGUUUGAUGAUGACACCCUGCCCUACUUAGAGGAGAACGAAAGCUUUACAGCCCCCUUCAGUCGAUCAAGAAUCCAUCAUUUCAUCAUCCACAACAAAGACACGUUCUUCAACAAUGCCACCAGAAGUCGGAUCGUACAUCACAUCCUUCAAAGGGUCAGAUAUGAGGAGGGGAAGAAUAAAAUGGGAAUGAAUCGUCUUCUGACCAAUAACUCGUAUGAAGCGGCUUUUCCUCUGCAUGAGGGCAGCUACCACAGCAAAAACUCCAUCCGAACUCACGGAGCAGAGAACCAUCGACACCUUCUGUAUGAAUGCUGGGCCUGGUGGGGGGUCUGGUACAAGUACCAACCUCUGGACCUCAUCAGGAGGUACUUUGGUGAGAAAAUCGGCCUGUAUUUCGCUUGGCUCGGCUGGUACACAGGGAUGCUGUUCCCUGCUGCUCUUGUCGGUCUGCUUGUGUUUCUAUACGGUGUUUUCACUCUGGAGCACUGUUCAGUCAGCAAAGAAAUCUGCCAGGCAACCGACACUAUCAUGUGUCCCAUAUGUGACCAGUACUGCCCCUACCUGAGGCUGUCUGACAGCUGCAUCUAUGCUAAGGUCACCCAUCUUUUUGACAACGGCGCAACGGUUUUCUUUGCUGUGUUCAUGGCAGUUUGGGCAACAGUCUUCCUGGAAUUCUGGAAAAGACGGAGAGCUGUCCUGGCAUAUGACUGGGAUCUUAUUGACUGGGAGGAAGAAGAGGAUGAAAUAAGACCCCAAUUUGAGGCCAAAUACUCCAAGAAGGAAAGGAUGAACCCUAUAUCUGGAAAGCCAGAGCCUUACCAGGCCUUCACUGAAAAAUACAGUCGCCUACUUGUUUCAUCGUCCGGAAUAUUCUUCAUGAUACUGGUGGUGAUUGCUGCUGUGUUUGGCAUUGUGAUUUACCGUGUGAUCACGGUCAGCACCUUCGCUGCUUUUGGCUGGGCGCUCAUCAGGAAUAACUCUCAGGUGGCAACCACAGGCACUGCAGUCUGCAUCAACUUCUGUGUCAUUAUGCUUCUCAACGUGCUUUAUGAAAAAGUUGCUCUUUUCCUCACAAAUUUAGAGCAGCCGAGGACCGAGUCAGAGUGGGAGAACAGUUUUACCUUCAAGAUGUUCCUUUUCCAGUUCGUCAAUCUCAACAGCUCAACCUUCUACAUCGCUUUCUUUUUGGGAAGAUUCACUGGUCGGCCAGGUGCAUAUCUACGCCUCAUCAAUCGCUGGAAAUUGGAGGAAUGCCAUCCCAGCGGUUGUCUGAUUGACCUCUGUAUGCAGAUGGGCAUCAUUAUGGUACUAAAACAGACAUGGAACAACUUCAUGGAGCUUGGCUACCCGCUUAUUCAAAACUGGUGGACUCGACAGAGGUUAAAGAGGGACCAUGGCCACAUACCCAAGGCCAGCCUCCCCCAAUGGGAGAAGGACUACAACCUGCAGUCAAUGAAUGCUUAUGGACUCUUUGAUGAAUACUUGAAGAUGAUUUUGCAGUUUGGCUUCACCACCAUCUUUGUGGCAGCGUUUCCUCUUGCUCCCCUCUUAGCGUUGAUCAACAACAUCAUUGAGAUCCGUCUGGAUGCGUACAAGUUUGUGACACAGUGGCGGCGACCUCUGCCAUCACAAGCCAAAGACAUCGGAAUCUGGUAUGGCAUAUUGGAGGGUAUCGGCAUCCUGUCCGUCAUCACCAACGCCUUUGUGAUUGCCGUUACCUCGGAUUUUAUCCCUCGUCUAGUUUACGCCUACAAGUACGGACCAUGUGCUGGUCAGGGCCGAGCAGGGGAGGGGUGUAUGAUGGGUUACGUCAAUGCCAGUCUGUCUGUCUUCCGGGUUUCUGACUUUGAAAAGAGAUCCCAGCCAAGAACUAAUGGCUCGGAACUUUUUGAAGAAGCUGUGAAGUAUUGCAGGUAUCGGGAUUACAGGGAGCCUCCAGACUCAGAUGAGCCCUACGCCUACACUCUACAGUUCUGGCACGUCCUGGCAGCCCGGCUGGCGUUCAUUAUUGUUUUUGAGCAUAUGGUCUUCGCCAUUAAGACCCUGAUUGCUUAUCUAAUCCCGGAUCUACCCAAGGACCUGAGGGACAGGAUGCGCAGAGAGAAGUACCUGAUCCAGGAGAUGAUGUACGAGGCUGAGCUGGAGAGACUGCAGAAGGAGAAGGAUGAGAGGAAGAAGAAAAACAAGGCUCACCAUAAGGAAUGGCCAUGAAUAUUACUGUCUUUGGAUGGACUGUAAGAGAAAGCUCUCAUCUGGUAACUUCAAAAUAAAGGAGGAGCAUCCAGGGUUCUGCAUGUUCUGGACCGACACGUCUUCCUCCUGCCAUGUUAGACCAGCACCUCCUGUUUGACGGUUCCAGAACUGCAUCCAGCAAAGAGUGAUCCGUGGAGCCUCUGUUAGAUCUACUCAGCACGUGGGGAGUUUUAGCAGCAGAUUUUUUCCAUAUUUUCUCUCUUAAUCAGACUCUUAGCAGUAUUCUGCUUCAGCUUCUGAAUGUAGAUCACAAGCAAAAAUAAACUAUUCCUCUGUAGGUGACUGGAGCUGCUCCGCAGAGCGUAAGGAAGGAUACCUUGUUUACAUUUCUCCUUGUUUAAGGGGGUUCAUUUUUGCUUUCUUGUAAAUAAAACGUGGAACUGAAUGAAUGUCCGGCCGUACGCUCUGCUGUAGUGUAGUGCAAUAACAAUAAAAGUUACUUAGACAAGAUUUAUUCCUUUCAGGCUGCUGUGGUACUUCCUACAGUUUGCUGUAAUGUAGUAAUAAAACAUGAUUUGUUUUAAAUCUGUUUCCUUGUUUUGAAAUUUUCACCAAAGCUGAAAAAAACAAAU